GGGACGAUCACAAAGUUGGCGUCAAUUGUUAUCUGACAUGCUCAUCAAAGUUUUCGAACAGUCAUUUCAGACUAUCCUUCAAACAAGAUUUAACCUUCUUCCCAAAAUAGUUUUACUUCUACACACCGUAUGCCAACAGUAUCAGAAGAGCCAGAAAAUCAAUGUCGAGCUACGUAAUGUCGAGUGAAACGAAAAGCACCGCGUUUUCAGCCUACGGCCACGACUGCAUCGUACAAACCGCCACCGAUGUAGAUGUGGUUCUCAAACUAUUCCCCGGCGAUUCAUUGUGCGCCCGAAUUCGCAGGAAAUUGUCAAGAUUGAUUGUGGUGUCCGAAAAAUGUAAAGUCAACACCAGUAACUUGCGUAGCUUCGGAGCCUUCCUGAAAGAACAGGAGCGGCAACUGACCCAAUAUCCCCAUAAAUUACAUCCCCAAAGCAUCUUAAGAUUGUGUUGGGAAAUAUUUAUUAUCAUUUUGAUCUUAUUGGACUUAUUCCUGCACGCAAUUGAUUUACCGUUCAUGUAUGACAACGUUUUUGUCAGCUCAUUCUCUUGGAUUUUCAUUAGAAUAUUCAUUGAAGCCCUCCUCCUGACAAACAUUCUAGUUGGUUUGAUAACUGGAUACUACGAUGACAUUGCGCAAGAGAUUGUGUUUUCAUCGAAAAAGAUUUUCUUGCAUAAGUUGAAAACUGAUGUACUCUUUUUUAUAUCGGUUGUCCCCAUACAGAUUCCCGCCGAAUAUUAUAUAACACCAAAGCACAGGGGUUUAUUGAUAUUAUUAUAUUUACUUAAAUUACCAUUGCUUUUUACAUUCCAUGGAUACUACAAGAGAAUUCUCGAGUUUUUCGAAGUGAAACAUCAUGUAUAUUUGAAAACAAUAAUCAUUAUCUACAUGAUAUUAUAUGUCCAUUUGCUAUGCUGCUAUUUAAUUUUUGUAAAAAGAUCAGUAAGUCACUACAUAGGCUUGGUAUAUAGAUCAAGAGUCAAUGCCACAGUUCCAGCAUAUAUUUAUGUUAGUGGUAUUUAUCAGGCUUCCAUCGUUCUAUACACUGCAGGAUACGGCAAAGCUGAACCUGCUAAUCAAUUGGAGAAUUUAUUUAUUUGUAUCAGUUGGUAUUUGUCCAGACUUUUCUUUAUUUUUGUUCUGGCUUGUUUCAUGGAAAGCAUUAAAGUGUCAACUUCGUCGAGAAGCAGAUACUUGGCUUUGGAACAUGAGCUUGAGGAAUAUAUGAGACACAAGCAACUGCCAUCUUACAUAAGGAAUAGAAUUUACACUUAUUAUGAGUUUAGAUUCCAAAGAAGAUAUUUUCGAGAAGACGAAAUUUUGAAUACCAUUUCUGGUCAACUUAAACAAGAAAUAAAUAUGCACGCUUGCAAGAAAUUGGUUGAGAAUGUUUCGUUCUUCAGAAAUCUGCCAAUGAAUUUGUUGGUACGGAUUAUAUCCUGUCUACAAAUACAAGUGUUCCUUACAAAUGAUGUAAUAAUAAGAGCGGGCACUCCAGGGAAGUGCAUGUAUUUUAUAUCAACAGGAACAGUUGCAGUUUAUACGAAAUCCGGAAAAGAGAUUUGUCAUUUAAAAGAUGGAGAUCAUUUUGGUGAAGUGUCUUUGUUAUACAAAGAUACACUGAGAAUUGCAUCUGUAAUUUCAAUAGAGAUCUCAGAAAUCUACACUUUGGAUAAGAAAGACUUUGUUAAAGCCAUAUAUCCGUAUCCAGAUUUGUUAUCAAACAUUCAAAAUAUUGCUGCUGACAGAAUGGAAACCGCAUUUAUGCUCGAUGAACAUAAUAAGAGCGAACUGGCGCAAAGAAAAAUGUUAUAUGAUAUUGAUCAUUAACUAUUAGUUCCUAGAAGGAUACUUAGAAAUUUUUCUCAUAUACAUUAGUUUAUAUUAUACUAUUUUGUAGGUUGAUUAACCAAGAAAUAAGAAACAUUUUCAAAUAAGA